AUGGGUCCAGUCGAUUUCCCGUCCUACCAAAUAUCAACAGACGUGGAUCAAAAUACUUCAGCCGGGGAAUCUGUUAGAUCAAAGGAUCAAAACUUACCCGAUUUAUCGGGUAACGAUUCUGAAAUUGUUGCCGAAGAACUUCCUCAAGUCGCUCCAAGUCCACACGCUGAUAUUCCAAAUGGAGGAAUUGUCGCAUGGCUUCAAGUUGUUGGGAUAAAUAUGUUUGGUGCAUUCCAAACUUUUUAUGAAAGUGAUUUACUAUCUCACGAGUCACCAUCUAAUGUUUCAUGGAUUGGCUCCAUUCAAGCUUUUUUGCUUUUACUUGUGGGAGUUAUUACUGGACCUCUCUUCGAUGCUGGACUUUUUCGUCCACUUCUAUCUACUGGAACAUUUCUAGUUGUUUUCGGUAUGAUGAUGACAUCUAUCUCUAAAACCUACUGGGAAAUCAUACUUGCCCAAGCAGUAUGCAUGGGAAUUGGACUGGGAUGUCUUUUUGUUCCCAGCGUCGCAAUUGUUUCUACUUAUUUUUCGACACGGAAAGCUUUUGCGACUGGAAUUGCUGCUAGUGGAAGCUCCCUUGGUGGUGUAAUCUACCCAAUUAUUUUCCAUAACCUUCAACCUAAGAUAGGCUUUGGCUGGACGACAAGAGCCCUUGGAUUCAUUUUUCUCGCCACCCUCACAAUAUCCAUGAGUAUAAUGAAGAUGCGUAUUAAGCCUUCGCAGAAACGAAAGUUAAUAGACCUGGCGGCAUUCAAAGAACCACCAUACAUCCUUUUUACCAUGGGUCUUUUUUUCGGAUUCAUGGGUCUCAAUAUCCCCUUCUACUACAUUUCAUCAUACGCCAUAGAUGAAAAAAUCAUGUCCUCCAACUCGGCAUUUUAUAUGUUAAGUACCAUCAAUGCGGCAUCUAUCUUCGGUCGAAUUAUCCCCAACUACUUCGCAGAUAAGUUUGGACCCUUAAAUAUCAUCAUACCAGGAACACUCAUCGCGAGUGUGGUAGCUUUUAGUUGGACAGGUAUUGACUCUGUUGGCGGUCUCGUUGUAUUUGCUAUCCUUUAUGGAUUCUCAACAGGAUGUUUCGUGUCAAUUCCUCCCACCGUUAUUGUAUCUUUGAGUCCACAUUUAGGGGUAGUAGGCACUAGAAUGGGCAUGACGUUUGCGAUUGGUGGAUUAGGGCUUUUGAUUGGAACACCAGUUGCUGGACAGAUACUUUCGAAUUCAGGAUAUGUUUCUACUAUUGCAUUUUGCGGAGCCUUGCUUCUUGCUACUGUGGCUUGCUUUGUUGCAGCUAGGCUGUGCAAAACUGGAAUCUAUGUUAAGAAGUUUGCAUGA